AAAUCUUCCCACUCCUUCUCUCUCUUUUCGUCAAGUUGCGAGGUUUGCGUCGGCGCUUUCACACUCUCUUCUUCUCAUUUUUAUGCAUCAUCGAUCUGCGAGUUCGGCGUUCUCUGGUGAAAUUUGGGCUUGAUCUCCUUGCCACUAACGGGUUGAACUUUAUGGUUUUUUGAGAACUUGGAUAUCUUGGCAAUACCCUCACACAACUUGCUUUAGUUCAUCACUAUGAUUGCCACAGAAUCUGUAGUACCUAUCAGAAAACUGAAGAUAAAAUUUCCCUCCAAAAUUAUUGAAGUUGAUCCUGUGACGAAACGUGAGUUCCAGCAGAACUUAUCUGCCCUGAACGAAAGUGGUUGCUGUAAUCUGAAGAAGUCCUCCAAUAAGCGGAGACCACAAGUUAGUAUUGUGAGCCAACAGGAGAAGAGGCAGAAAUUAGAUCGGAAAUUGUCUCUGCAGUGUGCUACCAUUCUGAAGAGUUUAAUGUCUCAUCCGUAUAGCUGGGUUUUUAGCAAGCCAGUGGAUCCUGUAGCGUUGAACAUUCCAGAUUAUUUUACAAUCAUAUCUGAACCCAUGGAUUUAGGCACAAUCAAAACGAAGCUGGAGAAAUAUACAUACUAUGGCAUUGAGGAAUUUGCUGCUGAUGUCAGGCUGACCUUCACAAAUGCUAUGACGUAUAACCCUCCUAGUAAUGAUGUUCAUUUAAUGGCAAAGGAACUGAAAAAGAUUUUUGAGAGAAAAUGGAAAGACUUGGAGAAAAAAUGGUCUUGUGAAGUUGAGCACGGGAAAUGUGUGGUUGGAACUAUCAAGGAAACCGUGAGAAAAAGCUGUAAUGUGGAGGAGCUAUCCCUGCCAAAGGAACUUUCUCCCAGAAGGUUGCCUGAACAGAAUGGUAUUCAGAAGAGGAGCUCCUUUGCUGCAAGAGGGGAUAAGGUAGAUGUUCCCAAAACAGCACAGAUUCCUUGUAAAUUAGCUGCAAAGGGCAUACAUGAAGGCCGCAAAGAGAAAAAUUGGGCACAUAUUUCUGGUUCUGCCAAAGCCUGUCCUCUGACUCCUGUCAGUCAUAAAUGUAAUAUAUGUGGUGACAUUCCUUGCCAGUGUGCUCUUCCAAGCAAUUCAUCAUGUGCGUCUUCAGAUUUAUCUUCUGAAGGAUCAGAAGAAAGGGAUCGACAGGCGUUUGGUGCUGAUCCGUUGAGACUGAGCAAGUCUGAUCCUGAUCCUGAUUCUGAUGGGGCUGUAAGUGCUGUGGAUAGUGAACAUGCAUGCUCUACGCAGCAUACGACUUCAGCUAUUGACUCCUCUGCUGGAGAAGUGUGGAGCACUCCUGUUUGUGAUGUUCAGCUGUCACCUAAGAAGGCUCUCCGUGCUGCGAUGCUUAAAAGCCGCUUUGCGGAGACUAUCUUAAAAGCACAACAAAAGACACUCCUUGACCAUGGUGAUAAGGCUGAUUUGCUGAAAAUGCAGCAAGAAAAGGAAAGAUUGGAAAGGUUUGAGCGCGAAGAAAGAGCUAGGAUUGAGGCUCAAAUCAAAGCUGUUGAGGCUGCUACGAAAAAGAGGACUGAGGAAGAGUCCAAGCAACGGAGAGAAAAACUGAGAGAAGCUGCCCGAAUUGCGACAGACAAGGUGGAAAAAUCUACGGAGUUUAACCUGGACAGUUUUAAGGAGCUUGAAAUGUUAAGCGGGUGUACGUUAUCAUGUCAUGUUCGGAGACAGGCAGUUGGAUCAGAUAGACUCCAGCGGGCAAACCCCUUGGAACGUUUGGGUUUGUUCUUGAAGAAGGAGUACAUAGCUGAGGAAGAUGAGGAUGUUCUGAACGGAUGUUGGGAAGAAGGGGAAAUUCUUUAAUUGAUACGCCUUUUUGCUGUUCUUCCUGCUCUUGUUAAUACAUUUUUGCCCAGGGGAACGGACAAAUUAACUGUAAAUGCAUAUCUAUUUUCAAAUGAAAGAGAUGCCUACAUUUUAUAAUGGCCGCUCGUUUAUUUGUUACUUGUACAGGUUAACGUUCUAAUUUCCAAAUCUUAUGCUGUCUUGGAUUAAGGAUCGCGAGGGAUUCUUCAUUUUGUAGCACUAAUAACUUGUAACAUUUUGUUAUUUUGUAAUUUUUAAUAUUAUUCAUCGCGUUUUAAAAUAGGAA